CUAUAACGAAUAAUUUGUUGGUUCGUUGUGUUUUUGUGUCUCUGUCUGUGUGCGUGUGUGUGUUUGUGGAGAGGAUGACUGUCAAGAGGAGAGAGCCGGGGAGGAAGAGGCGCAGCGAUGAACCCGCCUAAUGAGUGUUUGCGAGGCGUCACUCCGGGACGCAGCCGCUCGCUGCUGUAACAGCGCCGAUAUAAGCCAGGGCUUGGCUGCGAUGUCUGUGUGACAGCGAUCAGCCGCUGGCUCCCCGACAGCAGACGGAGCAGCGAGAGUGCGUGUGUAUUCCUGGUCUUCCUUGUAUGGAAACUGGUGCUGGACCGAGAGAGGGAGAGAGAGGGGAGUCGAGCAGCCGGGUGACUCUGGGCGGUGCAGCGGGGCACCACCGGCGGCCGGCUACACCCAGGACAAAUCUCCAACCCAAAAGAGAACAACAACAAGAACAAAACACAAAACUCGGCUCUUGUUGUGGAGAUCGAACCGGGGCUGAUGGCGGCUCCUCACAUCACCUGCUAAUGUUAUAGUUUGAGAUUACUACUGUUUCCUGCUCCUGCUGGAACCUCCUUCCCCUCUCUCCCUGACAUCAACUUGGGGCAGAUUGAUUUAUUUUAGGGGGAUUUAUACACCCCCUCCCCCCUCCCCACCUCGCACCUUGUUUGUGAGAUGCAUUCACAGUGGAAGAUGGCUGCGUCCAGGAGCUCAGCCUGCCUAAUAGCAGUUAUACAGUUGUGCCUGAUGCUAUCUUGCACAUCACAAGAGAGCUUUCCACCAGCAAACGAUAUUCGGUCCUGGGCGGAGAAGAUGAAGGAGGAUCUUGUGAAGUUGGUCCGUAGUGCCAGUGGAGUCGAUCAGCUGGAACAGAUUUACUUAAGAAAUAGACAACACUACACCAUCGAAUCGAAUAACGCGCAGCGUUUGGUCGAGAGUGCAGCCAGAGAAAUCGAAAAGCUGCUGAGCAACAAAGUGAAGGCCCUAAAGAGACUGGCAGAAGCAGCAGAGGAUUCUCAGCAAAAACACAUGUGGAAAGAAGAGUUUGAGGAUAAUGAUGUUGUAUACUACAAUGCAAAAGAUGACCUGAUGAGUGUGUUAAAGCAAGACUACAGAUUCAGGAGGUUCAAGUCUGAUAGAAAUGAAAGCCGCCCAAGGAUCAAACCUGACUUUCAAUUCAACCAAGACUUCCGUCGUCGUGUGGACUUCAACAACACCGCUGUCCACAUCCCCACCGACAUCUACGAGGGCUCAACUAUUGUUUUAAAUGAACUCAACUGGACAGCUGCACUCGAGCCUGUGUUCAAACAUAACAAGAUGGAAGAUCCUACGUUAAUGUGGCAGGUUUUUGGAAGUGCAACCGGCCUGGCUAGGUAUUAUCCAGCAUCGCCCUGGGUGGAUCUAACAAAGUCUGCCAACAGGAUUGAUCUGUACGAUGUCCGGAGAAGACCAUGGUACAUUCAGGGAGCUGCUUCACCCAAGGACAUGCUGAUUCUUGUAGAUGUGAGCGGCAGUGUCAGCGGACUGACAUUGAAACUAAUUCGGACGUCGGUUUCCGAAAUGCUGGAAACGCUCUCUGAUGACGACUAUGUGAAUGUGGUUUCUUUCAACAACAUAGCAAAAUCUGUGAGCUGCUUCAGACACCUUGUGCAAGCUAAUGUCCGAAAUAAGAAGGUCCUCAAAGAUGCAGUUAAUCAAAUACAGGCGAAAGGAAUCACUGAUUAUAAAAAAGGCUUUAUAUUUGCUUUUGAGCAGUUGAUGAAUUUCAAUGUAUCCCGAGCGAAUUGCAACAAGAUCAUCAUGUUAUUUACAGAUGGCGGGGAAGAACGAGCCCAAGAAAUCUUUACAACAUACAAUCAGGAGAAAAAAGUGCGAGUGUUCACUUUUUCAGUUGGUCAGCACAACUACGAUAAAGGGCCGUUGCAGUGGAUGGCCUGCACUAAUAAAGGCUACUUUUUUGAAAUCCCUUCCAUUGGAGCAAUUCGUAUAAACACACAGGAAUAUUUGGACGUACUGGGGAGACCGAUGGUUUUAGCCGGCACAAAGGAGAAGCAAGUUCAGUGGACCAACGUGUACCUGGACGCACUGGAACUCGGUCUUGUUAUCACAGGAACUCUGCCAGUCUUCAACCUAACGAAAGAUGCUAGUGGAAACCAGAACCAGUUGAUUCUUGGCGUAAUGGGCAUUGAUGUAUCUCUAGCUGAUGUAAAGAGGCUCACACCGCGUUACACUCUUGGGCCUAAUGGAUAUUAUUUUGCAAUCGAUCCUAAUGGUUAUGUAUUGCUUCAUCCAAAUCUUCAGCCUAAGUCAAUUGGUGUCGAGACCCCAAAGGUUAAUUUAAGAGAGAGACAUCCGAAGGCACAGAAUCCCAAAUCUCAGGAGCCCGUCACUUUGGAUUUUCUAGAUGCUGAACUGGAGAAUGAAAUUAAGGUUGAGAUACGACAUAGCAUGAUAGAGGGACAAAAUGGUGAGAGGGCCCUCGACACACUCAUCAAAUCUUACGAUGAGCGAUAUAUUGACAAAGGGACUCGAACAUACACUUGGACUCUAGUGAAUAGUACAGAUUAUAGUUUGGCUUUGGUGCUACCACCUUAUGGUUCUCACUACAUCAAAGCCAAAUUAAACGAGGCUAUCAUCCAGGCUCAACAAUUACAGUCAAUAAUGCCCGAUAGCUUCGAAACUGCAGGAUAUGUAUAUCUCGCACCAAGGGAAUACUGCCAUGGACUGACUCCUUCAACCAACAACACAGCGUUCCUGGAGAACUUUAUUAAUCUUAUCGACCGCCAGACUCCCAGUUCACCGAACUGCAAGACUGAUCUGAUCUUUAAUCUUUUGCUUGAUGCUGGAUUUACAACUGAGCUGGUUAUAAACUAUUGGAACAAAACAAGGCCGGCUGGAGUUCUUGCCAGAUUCGUAGCAACUGAUGGUGGCAUCACACGAAUUUACCCUAAAAGUGCUGGAGAAGAGUGGACAGAAAAUCCUGAGACCUAUGAAGCAAGCUACUACAAAAGAAGCCUUAACAACAACAUGUACAUCUUCACUGCCCCUUACAUCAACAAAACCUGGGAUGGAAUACAGAGCAGCGUAGAAUCUGGCAUCAUGGUCAGCAAAGCGGUCGAACUCAAAAUUGACGGAAAACAUCUGAAGCCUGCAGUAGUUGGAGUGAAGCUCGAAGUGAAUGCCUGGAUGGAAAACUUCACAAAAGUAGUUAGUAAGAGCAAGUGUUACCGAGAGAUCUGUGACUGCACAAAGAAUAGCAAGCACUUUGACUGUGUUAUAUUGGAUGAUGGUGGAUUUCUGCUAAUGUCAAACCAAGACGAUUACAUCGCAAAGAUUGGCAAGUUCUUCGGUGAGAUUGACCCAAGCUUGAUGAGACGUCUUCUGAACACAUCCCUAUACGCCUUCAACAAGUCCUAUGAUUUCCAGUCAGUGUGUGAUCCAGAAAGUGAGACAAAAGCAGCGGCAGGACUUCGUUCUGUCUACGUUCCCAGCAUAGUCGAAAUUUUGAAUAUAGGUUGGUGGGCAUCCACUGCGGCAUGGUCUCUGCUGCAGCAGCUAUUCCUCACCCUUACCUUCCCACACUUUCUGGAAGCAGUUGAUGCAGAUAUCGAUGAUUUCUCCGAACCCUUAUCAAAGUCAAGCUGUAUCACUGAACAGACUCAGUAUUACUUUUAUGACAAUGAAUCUUCCUUCAGUGGACUUGUGGAUUGUGGCAACUGCUCAAGGCUUUACCAUGCGGAGAAACUCUCCAACACAAAUCUGGUAUUUUUACUGGUGGAGAGUAAGCAUACAUGUCAGUCAUGUGACACAAAGUCUCUCAUGCAAGCAGAGCAAAAAUCUGUUGGACCAGAUCCUUGUUUUUUAGCUAAGAAUCCCAGACAUAGGAAAGGUCCUGAAGUAUGCUUUGAUUCUGAUGAGCAUGAUGAGCCUAUAUGCACAACAAGUCGUGCCCCUGCCGUGGCAUCAGCUCCUCUCUUCAUUUUACUGCAAGUUUUGAUGUGGUGCGGAGGGAGGAUGACACUGAGUGUGGCGGGAGCUCUAGUCUGAGCCCAUCCUUAUGGUCAAUGAUAGGAAUCCAGCUUGUUCUGCUCUGGCUGCUAAGUAGUGCCAGGCCUUAUCCAUCAUGACCGCAGAGAACGGACAUCCAUCUCAGCUUUCUAGAUCCACCACUCUGUAGCCUUGGAAACUUUUGUCCCCAGGCAGUAGAAGACUGACCAUAUUCAUAUCCUGGUGUAUCACUGUGUGAAAGAUUCAUCUAUGACUCUCCAUAUGAAGAAUGGUUAAGGUGCUCCAUUGACGAGUUUAAAAGAAAUUUAACGGUCAUACAAUGGUAGCAAAUUGGAUUGUCAGUACUGAAACCUGCCAGGCAACCUAUGGGAACGUUAAUGCAUUUAUACAAAAGAAACAAAUGAUUAAAAAAAUCUAGAUUUACUUAUCAUCAGGUUCAUUUUUUUGUUUAACUGACUUGAAUUCGGAUGAAGGAUAUUUUUAGUUCAUGGCUUACAUUGGCAGCCUGUAACUAAUUUGAACACCAUUUAAAUGGGCAGGUAACAUGUAAGCAUGGCCACCUGUCCUAAUGGUAAUAUACAUUGGAAAGCUUAAACAUUACGAAGGAGUAAUUGCAACCAUUUCAAGCACCAAAGGCCACUGAUUAUUCCGUGGCUUUAUAUACCAUUAUGUUAUCAUUUGCUGUUCUGUUACCAAAGGAUGCCUGUUGCCCUCCUUUCCUUCCAUUAAGCCAUAAUUCAAUGCCUGGCGCCCUUCAUGUUUGCUGAAGCAAAUGCUUAAUGAUUGUUGUACCCCACAUAAGAAAUAGUGCUAAGGCUUGUGAAUGAAAAAGCUGUCAUUGUGGCAAUUGAGUUUGGACACUGAUGCUUUUUUUGCAUGAGAUGCUGCUACUAUUUUCUCUUUUUGUUUCAAUAUUGGAGUAUAGUUAAUGUGCAAGGGCGAUUGAGUGAGUGAAAUGUUGUUGAUGUGGAAUUUAGAUAAUAUGAUGUGAUAUAACUGUUUCACUUAAAGCAACUGAAUAUUGUCAAACAUACCUCUCUCAAAGUGCAGUGAACAGGCUGAAAGAUUGGGAAUGAUACUAAAAGCCAUUCCAAAAUUUAGAUUAUAUAUUUUUGAAUGGCUAGUAUUAAUUUGAAGGCUGGAUUAUGACAAUCUACUUCUGAGGAAUAUCUGUAACACGAGUUGUGUUAGUCAUUUAAUUGAAGUACAGGAAAAUUCCCAAAUUGUUUGGAAUGCAGCAAAUGAAAUUUGAAUUUAUUCCAAAAUAGAUUAAGCUGAAAUUUGGAAACCAUUUGAUUCUAUGGGGAAAUUAAAGAACAUGAGGCGCAAUUUGGGAUUUCAUAUCAGUCAGAUAAUCAUUGUAUUUACCUACAAAUCAUGCUGCUGAUACCAACCCUAGACAUUGUAAAGACUGCAAAACCCCAAAAGGUGUGCCUUCAAGUUGAAUAGAGCUUUGGGCUAAUAUUAAGGAUUUCCAUUUCACGCUUCAGCUUGACGGUGCAGAGCAUUUACUGAGAGGAUACAAGUUCUUUAUUUCAAUGUAAAAUCAUUACUCCAAAGUAUUUAUUCUGAAAUAUAAUAAUUGCUCUGUCAACAUCAGCUGCCCGGGGCUAUAGGGUGGGAGAAUUUUCCUAAAGUAAAUAAUUAAAAUGACAAAAUAAUUUAAACUGCAUCAGUAAAAAAAAAAAAGAUGGCAGCAAAUCACUGCAACGUUUUGGUUGUUUGGGUCAUCUAUUUUUAUUCAAAAACAGAGGUACGCUGUAAAACGUCUGCAAGAGCGAUUCAGUAUUUCAUGAUGUGUAAGUAAUAAAAUGUUAAUGUGUACGGAAA